CUUGCUGCUGGCAACCCUGAAAAGAACCCUCUUCUUGAUCCAACUCAUGAGAGAUAAACUCAGCAUCAUCUUGGUUGUUGAGGUCGUUGACAACGACAACAACUUUCCUAAGGAUGUUGUAACUAAGGAUUAGUGGUCGCAAGAAGAUAGAAUCCCAAGAAGAAAAUGUUGUACAACGUCGGCGCUUGGCAGAGUAAGCGCACGUGGGGUGGCCCUCAUGUUGGCGGCGGGCCUAGCAAUGGCCACCCUCCACGCAGUAAUGCGCACCAGCCGCAUCAAUCUGCGAUCCGGGAAAAUCAGUGGUUGUACGAUGACUCUAGGAACUGGAUGAAAGCCUAUGCAACAGCGCGAUCGGCGUCUUUGACUGGGACAAGAACUACUUUUCGGAACGCGGGUGCAACUGGAGGUGGUGGCGGGGCUCACUACAAUAUGGGUUCGACCCAUAUGGGAGGGUCCUCAUCAAUGACCAGUCUACCUCAGGUGAUGCAGAGUGCUACUGCGAGAACACGCACAACAGCACGCGGAGGUCAAGUACAUGGAGGUCCGGCGCAGAACGCCACUUAUUCAAAUUCAAACCGGUUUCUUGUGGGAAAUAGUUCGGCCACGAGUAGCACGAAUCCAAAUUUCCGGUAUAGAAACAAAUCGGCUAGCAUGGGUUCUUUAACGACAGCGUCUUGGGCACCGGGAGGUGAGCACGACAGCAUGGGAGAGACAGGCUAUAGCGAGGAAGGCGUGCACAUGAGCAUGAAUCCUGGUGGAGGAGGUAUGAGUAAUACGAUAGGUGCUCCGGGUGGCUUUGGCGUAUCCUCGACGGGAGAAAGCAUGUUUCAAGGAGCGGGGUCGGGAAUACCGGGUAUUCUUGGAAUGGAUUGUGAUGACUAAGUACCUACUUUGUCUUAUAAAUAUAACGUGUUUAUGUUUUGUACUUUCUUCCUUUUUUUCGAACAUAAGUUGAUAUUUUGCGACAUUCCUGAUGUUCCUGAGAAGUUGACUCUAUUUUCAAUGGUACCAUGUUCAUCAAGAAGAAGAAUACAAUGUUCCAUAGUACCUCCUCUUCCAGGACAGGUCCCCACGCAGUUGACGAAAUCCUUGACCCACUUGCUGCUACCGCUCGUACCGAUCAACACCAGUCUGUGAUGACCACUACCCAUUUUUGGCUCAAGCAGCGCAAAUACCAGAGAAAGAAGGAUCGCAUAAAGCAGCAGUUAGGUGGUGCAGCAGGGAAUGACAGCACAGUUGGAGAACAAGUAUCCGUAAGCCGAAGCUUCUCUGACGCCGGACGACACACAUCCUUACACUUUUCGGCGACAGACAAUGUCGGACCGAGGCAUUGGGAGUUGCAGCCCAGAGCACCUACAGUCAGCAAAGCCACACAACGACAAAUACAAAUGAUGGCGAUACGGAAAGCCAUGGAUCAUGACGAGGCAUACCAGAAAGAAAUCAAAGCCAAGUGGAAAUGCGAUACCGAUGAUUACGUACAGAAUCAGGCGAAGUUUAUGGACAAGGGGCGUCUCGGUUUUUUUCAUCAGGUGUACAAACAAAAGCUCGCUUAGUUGUGGCUGGUGCAUCGUGCAAAAGUUCUCGCUCCAGCCACCUGUUAAUAUGCCUCCUAUAAUUGUGUGCUAAAGCUAAUCAUCUAUAUUUCAACCCCAUCGACCUUCUAAUCCCUACGACGAGCGUUUGGUUUCGCAUGUUUUUGAGGAGGUCGUUGCAGACACAAUUCAGGGUGUUUCGUGGCGCAUGAACAUUCCACCUCAGUUCAACGACUCCUUUAUGGCGCCAAAAGCACCUUUGUACAAGCAUCCAGAGCCUCCAUCAUUGCGCGAGUUGGUAACGUACUGGUGGAAGAAAGCGGGAGCAGUCGCAGCGCCAGCCCUACCUCCAGCUCCGCAUAAGAAAUCGAAGAAUCUUCUAUCGGCUGUAGAAGACGGGCCAGCUCGCGGGGAGGGGAAGGAGAAGCCGGCGAGUCGUACUUGAAUCAUGAAUCUGAGUGAUGGCUAAGGGUGGUCUAGACUUCUACUUGUACGAUUGAUACAGUCUAUCUUCAUGAUCUUGAUCUUGUGAAUCUGGUGCAACUCGCCUUCAAUCUGCUUACAACCAAUUAUUUGCAUCUGUUCUUGCCAGCACAAGAACAAAUCAAAUUGAAACCCUUCAACAUCAACAGCCACCUCAACAACUCCGCAACGCGGUGGUAACACCAAGAACAAGGAGUCCGGGGAGCCCAGAAAGAGUGAUCCCGAUAAGAAUCUGCAUGUGGUAUACGGAGAACAUAUUGACACAUGUGGCACGAGCAUGGGACCAGAGGACUGUCAUCGAUUGCUGAAGAUCAUUAGCGACUACAACGAGAGCCAAACGGGUCUCCAAAUGAGCGUGAUCCACAAGCAACGCCUGCGGAGAUCCACUUUCUGUCGCUUUUUGCUCGAUUGUGAAGUUGUCGAAAUUGAUGGCAACGCCAUCGUCAAGGAUUGCGCGAAAACGGGGAAAAUCGGCAUGCUGUACUUAAGGCUCAACUUUCAUUGGUCACAUUGGGGUUGCUUGGUCUCUGACAUCAAAGAGGAGACCCCCUGAGAGAACAAGGGAUGAAACCCAAGGGACGAAAGGGCGGAAGCUCUGGAAGGGGCCUUGUCCCUUCAGCAUCAGUGACCAAUGAACUUCGACCUUUAAUGUAUGUGUGCAACCUAUUUGACUCCUACGUGACGUAUCAGCCGCAAGCCAUCGCUAACGCACAGCAACGCCAAGUAGACAGGAAACUACGGCUCGAUAGACAGGCAGCGCGUGAAGCGAGGAAGAAAAUUAUGAAGGACUUGGAGGACAACCCGUUUGGAAGUAUGAGUGCGAAUGCAGCUGGAAACAAGGCAGGAGACGAUCAAGGGUCAGAUGAAAAUUCGGCUGGAGAGAGAAGUGCUAAGUUAAGGAUGAGGAUCACGAGAAUGCAGUAGAGAGAUGCUGUAGAUCAAUUAAGUAGAUUUCCACAUAUUACACGACAAGAAAGACAAGAAAGAAAUAAGAAAAUGAAAGGGUAAUUGAAUUCACGAUAAUUAUCCUUGUCUUCGUGACCUCUAAUCAAAGGCGGGAAUGCAGCAAAGGCUAGCUCUAUAUCAAAGGAGCUUGACCAAAGCACCGGAACGGAUGCGGAGAAUCGACGAUAUAACAUCUCCUUGCCUGAAAUUCCAUGUACAACACAAGCCGAAAUGUUGUCGGAGGCCACGAACCAUCUUGGCACAAUCAGUAUUCUUGAGAUAUGGCUGAAGCUGAUAACUCCAUCAUUUGAUGGAUAAAAGAAAAAUGAUUGAUAUACUUACAGCGUGUCUUCAUUCUCUUAGUACUCCUAGCAGGAACUCCUCGAUUCUCUAUCUCAUCUGAUUCAAUCAUCGAAGUCGAACUAGUAGCUUCUGGCAUUCCCGGUUAUUGAUCUCAUGUCUUCACACUUCUAGUUCUACGAGUGCCACUAGCUACUUCUUAACUUCCUUCUAAUUUACGAUUUUCUACCCUUGAUGGAGAAGAUUUUCUACACGGUGCCUGCCGUGGACUUCUUCGCCGAGUAUUUGGACAAGGCAGCGGACCGCAUUGCCCGUGUGUGCGAGCAGCGAGAUGAUUAAGGCUGCAAUUGUUAAUGUGGAAGUAGAUGUUAGUUAUCAUCAAAGAUUCAUUAGGUCUUCAUCGAGUGUAGUUCUAAUUGUAAAAAAUGUGGAUGUUGUCAUCAAAGAGUCAUUAGGAGGUUUUCAUCGAGUGUAGUUCUAAUUGUAAAAAAUGUGGAUGUUGUCAUCAAAGAUUCAUUAGGUUUUCAUCGAGUGUAGUUCUAAUUCCCGUUCGUCCAGAUGCUCGCAGCGAAAUUCGAUUCGCAGGGAGCCCCCCUCACGGCAGCACUCAAGAUGCCCAUUCAGCGGAAGUUCUAUCCUGUCCAGAAUCUGGCGCAUCGUGUGGACCCAAAUAUCUUCAACCUGGCUAUCCGUAAGUUAGAUGAAGCAGCAGCGAUGGACGUCAGCGAAAUGGUUAAAUUUAUCUUAGCACAGAACGCGCAGUUAGUGCAGUUGCGGCAGAUGUUCUGCGAACCUGAAAUUUGGAUGUGGCAGUGGCAGUGGGCACAGACGUUUGAUGAGUUGUUUGAUGCCUUUGCUGACUUUCCGACCGAAUUGCUAGGGUGGCCAGAAGGGCACAUGUCAUUCGGUGCCUUUCUUCGAUUUGCAGUGGAUUUCCGAUUCUUCCCGCAAAUCAUGUCCUACGCAGACCUUUUUUCGUUCUACCACUCCGCUGAAUGCUGCAUUUUCAAGGUACUACAGAAGCUUGUCAAUCAUACUGAUGAAAAUCAUGGACAUGUUGCUAGUAUAAUAGUUCAUCUUAGGUGGAACGUCGGUAGAUUGGUUGCUUUGCUCAAGAAUAUUUGAUUAUCCUAGGAGGUAGGUUGGUUCCACCACAAAUUUUUAUCUGUUUGUGGUCAUCGUCAUCCAUCAUGAUGACACGAAAAAUCUCCUCAUGACCAGGACUUCGAUGGUGAUUUGAUGUCUUCUGACCCUGAGUUGAGGCAUAUGACGGAGAUGAUGAUCUCCAUUUGCAACUAUGAGGAACGCAAAACCGUCGAAGAAAUGGCCGAUCUAAGACCUGUUUUAGGUCGUGCUGUGAAGAAGUCUAAGCUACUUACGGCAUGAUCCAUUUCCACAAUAAAAAAAAAUCCAUAUUUGAGUAUGAAAUAAUUUCAACAUUUUUACCAAGAGCUACAACAUCUUCGUGGGGGCUCCGUAGAUGAAGUUUCUUUUUAAGAGGAACAAACUCAACAAACGGAGACCACAAUGCUCCUAAAAAUGAAGAUGGACCCUUUCUUCUUGGUAGUUGUUCUAAGAGACGUCGCUCCGAGUCCGCAGAGUCUAGUCCGGGUAAGAAGAGUAGCCCUAGCAAGAGUCGUGGCAGCAGUCCAGCCAAAGGUCCAGGCUCCGUUGCUCCUUCCCCCAGUAAACCAGCAACUGCAGUUUUUCCUCCCGAUGGCGGCAACAGUGUGGACGACAGCCUGCUCACCAGCAGCCGCAUUGCUCCUGGCACAAUGGAUUUAGAGGACAACUACAAGAACUCCGGAAGUUUUCUCAACUAUCCCUUGACUGCUUCAGAGAUCUACGGCAAGAAGGUGAACACUGCUACUGUCACAUUCCAAGACACAAGACUCGAGCAAAUCCAGAACAUGAACGGGCACUUUCCCGGCAAGAACUUGACGAAAACGCAGGAACAACAGCAAGUAGCAGCCAAGGAGAUGGACCGAGAUACUUUUUGGACCAAGAGCUUUGAGGACAUGACCAAGAUGGAGUAUGAGACCUGGCACGUUCUGUCUGCUCUGAGUAAUUGGCUGGGCAAUCGGGGUGGCGAUAUCAAGAGGUUGUUCUCGCUCUUCGACGUAGACGGAACGGGAGAAGUGAGUGCGGAAGAAUUUCAUCUAGGCCUGAGGCAAACACGGUUGGAGCCUUUGCCGAGUGUCGAGGUCAUCAUGAAAAUGUUCAACAUGAUGGACGAAGACGCGAGUGGAGAAUUGUCGGUCAGCGAGUUGUACAGGAUUUUGAAGCGGUUUAACUUAAGAGGAGGUGCUGAUUGUUCCAUCAUGUUGGAGGACGAGAAGACAAAAAAGUAGCUAGAAGUGAAUGAACGUCUACUACAACCACCUCCACAUCAUGAUCAAGUAUGUUGAUUCGAGCAUGAAGAUACCCAUAUACAACACCAACUUCAUCUCCCUCUAACAAAAGAAGAGAUGUCCAAAAAGCGAGAACUCGAAGACCCUACAGUAGAUUUGUCCACUGAUAGAGCGCACACGUUCCUAAAGAUAGAGGACUAUGGCUUCAGUCCGGCAGCAGUGAAGCCGAUUAAAAGUACUUUAUUGCUUUUUAAUAUGGCUUCACGUCUGCAGCAGUGAAGCAGAUUAAGAGUACGUAACUAGUACUUGUGGAUUCUUUUUUGUCAUCUUCAUGAACAUUUACUCGUUUAUUCCAUAUCUGACAAUUAUCUGCAUGACUAUGCUUCGCUCCUACUCUACUGCUCGUCGCUUCGUACUCUCCAGCACUACUAGCAACUACUCGUCUACUGCUGCAUGACUAAAGCCACACCUCUUCUUUCUCCACUCCAGUGCCACCACCGCCAAAUGUGGUUGAGUCACCUCAACCGAAACGUGGGAAGAACGUGAAUACCUAUCGCAUCUUCGGCAAGCGGGCAUUCCAAGAAAGUUUGCUGAAGAUGGCUUUUUACCACUUGAACCAAAAUGGCAAUGCAUUGCAAAGAAAUGCUUCCACCUACGUGAAGGCACUGUGGUUGGUUGGUACAACCUACUCUUUACUUUAUUAACUUUGAUGAUCUUUCUACUAGUAAUACAGCGCUGAUUGCUUCCCCGCCUUGACAGAACACAAUCGGGGAGGUUGUCGCAUUUUUUUCGAUUUCCUUUCUAGUUGCUACUUUCCUUACGUUUUUUUUCUCCCUCCCACGAUUGAACCUUGCCAAACAAAUACUACAGCUUACAUCAAGUGCAGUUUCCAUUUGUACUACCAAAAAAUCGAUGACGUGAUGGAAGAGGCGACGAAACAAGACGAAAAAUUGAAGAAACUACUGGAGAAAAACAUCCACGAAACGGCAUUGAUGAAAGAAGACAUGCCUCAAUUGCCUGAGGAAAGCACCAAUAUCCUGUUUGGAGAAAUCUUGGGCAAAGAGAGGGAAAAGAGACGAACAGCAAAGUUGUACGAUCAAUCAACUGCGGAGAGACUCCUGAAAUUGCAGAAAUUGAUUUGCGCGACGAAGACAAGGUACAAUUGACUUGAAUUUCAAAAACAUCAUCACUCUUCCAAUUCCAGCAUGCUCGAUGCUCGUCUUGAUGUUGUGGAUAGAGAUGUUGUUCUAGUAUAGAGGCUCAAGUUGUUUUUUUGUAUUGACUCAAUCAUGGGUAUUGGAAUUGCAAUUUUAUGAGUCUUCCAAUUCCAGCAUGCUCGAUGCUUCCUGCUCAUUACCUUUCUGAAAACUCGACACUCUACCCCACCUGAUUUUUUCUGAUAGUAUGUGAUGGACUUCGUGCUGUACAGGUAAUUUACCUCUAGGUGUAGUAUUCCUCAUUUCUAGCACUGUUCAUUCCGCUUCAAAGCUUCCUUUCCCUCUCGAAACUACUACCUCUACAACAGUUACGUUUCUCCCGUAACGCGUUUGCUUUCACAGCGGUGGGACCCGUUUGCCUCUGUGGAGGUGGUGCAGAGGGACAAGGAGAGCAUGGCAAACCGAUGCGAUUAUUGCUUCGAGCAACCAAGGAGAUUUAAUUAAGGCUCUGGUUGCUAACUCAUUUGCAUUGUACUCGCAAGGACAAGGUAGUCACUAUACAUAGUAUGAUAGAUAGUGGUAUGAGAAUGAGUCAGACUCUGUUAUCACUAUCAGCACUAUCACGACUAUGAAAUACCUUAGGGCCUAGUACGAGAUCAUAGGGCGGGCUUGGUCUUAGACUUGGUCUUAGACUUGAAAAGGCAUUUUUGCGCCUGAGGUCUAAUCCCACGGCGGUUAUGGUCCGAAUCCGAGUUGUGUGGGGUGCUCUCCGCUCUUCGUGGACGUGCGAAGGAAGAUGACAGACUUGCCGUUGUGGCAAGCAAUCCGACCCUUUAAUUGGCGUGAUGAGGUACGCGUCACUGGUGAGAAAAGACGAUACCGAAUUCAAGUGGGAAAGAAAAGACCUGAAAAAAUGGUAAUGCCCGAUGGGAGAACUGUGAUGGUUGGGGGGUAACUGUUCAACUACUUCUAGGGAUUAGACCGACGUAGUGGGAGAAAAGUCGGCGUAGGGGGGGUGGUAGUUGUGACAUCCCCAAGUAUAAUAAGGAAGCAGUAAUUUUGCCAUGUUCUCGAGAUAGAAGAACACUCAAAGGUAUCUUCAUGGUCGUGGGAUGAUAAGAACAUAAGCAGUUGCGUUGCGACUACAAUCAAAAUGUAGAACUUGUUGUAAUAAGCCUAAGUUUAUGCAUAAGUUGAGUCCCUGACUAUUUCUAUCAAAGUAUGAGGACAUGAGAGUGCAUUGAUUAACAUGAGCUUCAUCUUCAUGUAUGAACUUCGAUGAAAUUAAAAACACUAUUGAACGUCAACAUCACCAAGUCCAACAAGUGGCCAUGUCGAGUGUCAUGAUGUCAUAACCUUCUCGACGUCUUCUAAGUACAAUUUGUUGAAAGUCAAAUAUUAAAGCAAAAAUUAUGCGACGACUAAACUGAUCAACAAAGUCAACUGUUCCUAGAACUCUCUUCUCUAUUUUCAUACCAAACUUCUCACUUCUACCAUGUAGAAGCAAGAUGCAUCGCAGCAUGAUAGAUGUACUAAGAACAGGAAAACGUAGGACGCAGGUAAGUCAAGAGGAGCUUUUAGAUUCCAAAUGAACUAGCACGCCAACAUCGUCGCUGACUGAUGGUCAUUUAUUUCGUAUGCAUUUUGACUAGUAGAGAAAGAGAAUGCACAUCAGUAGACCUUCCCAUUACCAGAAUUAUUUGAAUUUCAUUGAACAAAUCCCAUACAAUUUUCCAUUUCAAUGAACAAGAAUCACAAGAACGAUGAAUAUUGCUAUUUCGAAUCUUCUAUUAACAAACGACUUUGUCGUGGUGAAGUUAUGAGUUAAAUGUUUCUGUUGCAUAUCUUCAGUUACCAAGUAUAAGCAAAAUUGUGUACAACUUUUCCAGUCCUCUCCGAGAAUGCUGCCUAUUUUACCUUGCUUGUGCACAGAUGAAUCGUGAAUACAUCCCUAUGCUCUCUUCAAAGAUCUUCCACGAGUCUGGAAGUUCUCUCCGAAGAAGCCAGUUUCUGAAGACUAUCCAAUUCAGCAGAUGCG